GUUCCGAAAGUUUGGCUGACAUUAUAACGCGGUCGCAAAAAAAUCUUCUAAAAUUACAUUUUUAUCACCGAAUUCUGUAAAAAAUCCAAAUGAGUGUAUUGUUAAAAACACUAUCAGUAUUCGAGCAAUGCAAUAAUAUAAUUUAUUCCAUCGAAAUGUUCAAAUAAAUGUGGAAAAUUGAGAUUGCAAAUCUUACUGCCUCGAAUUCGUUUUAGUUUUUUGGUGAAAAAAUUAAUUUUCUCCGCCCGUCUGUUCUAAUUCACAUCCACUAGUGCCAUCUACCUUGGACACAGUGGAAAAGAAAGAGCCAAAGAUAAUGUGUUUCUGUUUAGUGCUUGAUUGGUUUUUGGUUUUGGUGAAGUGAAGUGACAUUUCGGAUGAUUUUUUCAGUUUUCACACAAAACUACGAAUUACGAACGAACAAGAUAAAUAAAACGGAGGAUAUGAUAAACGAGUAAUAAAAUAAACGGAAGAUACAGCUCGGAGAUAAAUAAUUUCCUGUGCGGUUUGCCUCUGCCUUUGCCUGCCUUUUUUGUUGUUUCAAACUUUAUUUCAUUCACGAAAUUAAUUUUUGUAUUGUAAUUUGUAAAUCAUAAUCACGGCGACGACGAAGAAGACGUGCGACGCGAGGUCGACGGGCUAAAAACAAUUGAACAAUAAUUUUGUCUGUUGUAUUUUGUAUUUGGUCGCGCAAUAGCAGCUUACGAGCACAACGCACAGGCAGGCCACAAAAGUAAAGUAGUAGUAGGGAAGAGCGAAGGGAUAAACAAAAAAUAGAAAAAAUAAAAUAAAAUAAAAAUGGCGACAAGUCGUACUCGAAUUCAACAAUCAAAGAACAUCAGUUCGAUCCUCUCGAAGCUGCAAGGUGCUUUCUCCGAUGCCUGUGGCCCCCAGAAGAUGUCAACCGACAAGAAAACCCUCGAGAAGACUUGGAAGCUAAUGGACAAAGUGGUCAAGCUUUGUCAGCAACCAAAGAUGAACCUGAAGAACAGCCCACCAUUCAUUCUGGACAUCCUGCCCGACACGUAUCAGCGUCUGCGAUUAAUUUAUUCCAAGAAUGAGGAUCAAAUGCACAUCUUGCACCAAAACGAGCACUUCAAUGUUUUCAUUAAUAAUUUGAUGAGGAAGUGCAAGCAGGCCAUCAAAUUGUUUAAAGAGGGCAAGGAGAAGAUGUUCGACGAAAACUCGCACUAUCGCAGGAAUUUGACAAAGCUCAGUUUAGUAUUUUCGCACAUGCUAUCCGAGCUGAAGGCUAUAUUCCCCAAUGGGGUAUUCGCUGGCGAUCAGUUUCGAAUUACCAAAGCCGAUGCUGCUGAGUUCUGGAAAUUUAACUUUGGAAAUAGCACAUUGGUGCCAUGGAAAAUAUUUCGACAAGAACUUAACAAAGUGCAUCCCAUUUCAUCAGGUCUUGAAGCAAUGGCACUGAAAACAACAAUUGAUCUAACGUGUAACGAUUAUAUAUCAAAUUUUGAAUUUGAUGUUUUCACUCGAUUAUUUCAACCAUGGGUUACAUUGCUGAGAAAUUGGCAAAUAUUAGCCGUAACCCAUCCUGGAUAUGUGGCAUUUCUAACAUACGACGAGGUCAAAGCCAGAUUGCAAAGGUAUAUUCAUAAGGCGGGCAGUUAUGUUUUUAGAUUAUCUUGUACAAGAUUGGGACAGUGGGCGAUAGGUUAUGUUACAAGUGACGGUGAAAUAUUGCAAACAAUCCCGCAAAAUAAAUCACUUUGUCAAGCACUUUUGGAUGGACACAGGGAGGGUUUUUACUUGUAUCCAGAUGGGCAACCUUAUAAUCCUGAUCUUUCGUCAGCGGUUCAGAGUCCAACUGAAGAUCAUAUAACAGUAACACAAGAGCAGUAUGAAUUGUAUUGUGAAAUGGGAAGCACAUUUCAACUUUGUAAGAUAUGCGCUGAAAAUGACAAAGACAUUCGAAUUGAACCUUGUGGUCAUUUGCUAUGUACCCCCUGCCUUACGUCAUGGCAAGUGGAUUCUGAAGGCCAGGGCUGCCCAUUCUGUAGAGCAGAAAUAAAAGGAACCGAACAAAUAGUCGUCGAUGCAUUUGAUCCAAGGAAACAACAUAAUCGAAACUCAACAAAUGGCCGGCAUCAAAAUGUCGACGACGACGAUACAGAGGAUUUUGGAGAAUUCAACAUUGCAACUUCGUCAUUGCACGCUCUUAGCAACAGCAUGGGCACCACUUCACGUUCGGAAAAACCAAGUCCCCAUUCAUCGCCUCGCUUGACACGUCGCAGCACAACCCCUAGCCUAAUGGCCGUUCAAAAUGAUCUUUAUUCUGGACACCAACCAACAUUAUCUAUACCCACCUCCCAAUCCCAUCCACAGCCAUCAGCGCCUCCCUUGCAUGUGGUAAAUGGACAGGCUAAUAAUGGAAGUGGAGGUGGUGGCAAAGUUUCGAAUUUAUCUUCUUCUUCCUCGUGUGUAAAUGCAGCUGGUUCUUCAUCGACAAAAUCAACAAAUCGGAUGAGUGCCCCGGCAAUGGGCACAAGUUCGACUGUGCCUGUUUCAAGCACCACUAACAAACCAUUUGCAAAAGCCAUGUCAACGGAAAACAACGAAAACUGCAAUUCGUCGUAUGCAGUUUUGCAAAACCCCAACAAUGGCCAUCACAACCCCGUUGCCCCACCAUUACCACCGAGAAAAUCUUCACCAGGCGUAGACAACACAACUAAACAACAACAACAACAUCAGCAGCAACAUGGAAAACCUCUGUCAUCGGGAGUCCCAUCGAGUGUUGCCUCAAGUUUGCUCAACUUAAACAGUUUGCCCCUUCAGGCAUGCAGCCUUAGCAAAAGCUCCGAAAACAUAGCAGCAGUAGAAGUACCCAGAACCACAGCUCCACCGAUUCCCCGUCACAGUCAAACCCACAAGAACGUUAACACCCUUGCCGAUGAUUUGAGAACCCAGCGAAUUUCCACUCUCAAUCCUGGUAGCUCCUCCGCAGGCACUACAAAUCCACCAGUACAACGUUCUAUAACGGACGAUGAUAUUGUGGGCCCAGCCGAAACAAUAUCCGGUAUCAUUGACACCAGACCCUUGGAAGCCAGAAUUCCGGUCACAGUAUCAGGUUCAGGGUCUAAUGAUAAUAACGAGACUUCAGCCGAGAAUAGCAAUAGUGUUUACCAUAUGAAAUCUUCGUCGGUAACACCAAAUCCAUAUACCAAAAAUGUGCGUUACAAUCCACAAGCCUUUCCUAAUUCAGCCUCAAGCCAACACAUAGCGUCAUCGUCAUCAACAAACGAUUCGAAUUCGAAUAAUUCUUCUCCGCAGCAGAAUCCAUUGUUGUACGAAAAUGUGACAAUCAAUAACAAAGACUGCAACGUGCCAUACGAAAACAUCAAUUUGGAGUACAUAGCUCGUCUAAUGAAUGAGGGCUAUUCCAAGGAGAAUGCCAUCACAGCUCUAGGCAUAUCAAGGAACAACAUAGAAAUGGCAUGUGAUAUUCUACACGAAUUUGUUUCAAAGAGUAGUAUUUAAAAACGAGCAACCGUUAAUAUAUUUGUUGAACAAAAAAAAUACAAAAACAAAAUACAAAAGACGCAUAAGCCACAAAAUAUCUUAAUAGUUAACUUCAUACUCAUUCAUUCACAUUUCUCACUAUUUAUCAUAUAUAAUUAAUUAAAUAAUUAAUAUACAAUAUAUACAUACAAUGCAUAAAUAUAAUCAUAUUUUUAUUACGCCAAAAAUGGAAUCAAACAUAGAAUAGAAAAGGGAUACAUUUUGUAAAUAAUAAUUUCGUUCACAUAUUUAAAGAACCCAGCAUAUUUAAUAUGAAUCAAAUACAUUCAAGAGUGUCUUGUUUCCUUGUUUUAUUUUUGGCGCAUUGAAAUAUUAUCAUUUACUUUAAACAAAAAUAACGCUAUAAAAUCUAUUGAUUUAAAAUUUUUAAAAAGUUAUUAUUUAAAUAAUCAAAAUGCAAUCUAGGUUCAUAAUUUGUAAAUCGUAAACAGUUUUUGCUAGCAAAGGAUCGUUACCUUUAUUACGUUAAAACAACCACUACGGUUGUAAUAACGUUGGUUCAAAUUAACCAUCAACAACUUGUGCAGCGCAUGAAAGUAUACAAAUAUAAACUGAAGAUGGGAUAGACAGUAACAGGCGAAAGCUUAUCAAAACUUACUUAGAAUCCAACGGAAGCAGCGUUCGAUUUUUUCGAAUAAGACCUGUAGUUUGCAGUUAUGAACUGUGUUUUUCCAUUCACUUCAGUGAUUAACAAAAGUUUUAGAAGUAAUGGACAGAUCACAUCAAUAUGAAAAUUCUAAUCGCUGUCGACGCCCUGAAAUGUUGGAUUCAACUUCCUUUCAUUAGUUUGGAGUACAUAGCUCGUCUAUUAAAUGAGGGCUAUUCCAAGGAGAAUGCCAUCACAGCCUUAGGCAUAUCAAAGAACAACAUAGAAAUUGCAUGUGAUAUUCUACACGAAUUCGUUUGUCUUAAGGCAAGAACUGCUUGUUCAUCAGGGAACGUUAAAAAAGGUGCUAAUAUUUACUUAAAAAUGUUAAUUUGUUGGAAAAUUGACUUUUGGAAAGUAGAAUAUUAGUUUUCAUGACGACAGCAAGCUAAAUAGGGUAAAUAUUUGUAUACACUACUUUUUUUUUCGUUUAAACUUUGGAAGGAUCCCCAUCAAAUUUUUAGAAUUCUUGGCAUUACAAAAAUGUAUACAAAAUACACUUAAGUGACGCCAAAAAACUUAUAUUCUAAAUUCUAGAUUUUGCAUAAAGAAUAUUAUGUUAUGUGAUACUUUUUAAAUCAAUUAAUUCUAUUAAGUUAUUAAAGCUCAAAUCAGGAUUUAAAGGCAUUCCAAUCAAUUAACAAAAAUAAAUAAACAACUAAAUCAAUGUUAUUCUUUGAUAGAUGCAUAAAGUAACUAAACUAGGACAUUUUUUCAAAGAAUUUUGUUAAAUGUUUAUUUUAUUUUAACAAAUUGAUUUUAAUUUAUUCUUUUAUUUUGAUAAAAAAACAAACGUAUUUAAGAAAAAAGAAAAUGUAUUAAUCAAAAGAAAAUUUAUUUGGUUUUAUUUAUCAGAAAACCGUAAGACACUCAAAACCAAAAAUAUAUCAACAUAAUGCAAUAUUUAAUCAUCUUUAAAAAAAUAAUAUUUAACAUACAUACCGUGUAAAGAAUACUUAUAUACUCUUUAUAUAACAAACAAAAUUAAGAAUUAAAAUAAUUUAUCAAUAAAUUUCAUGUGGAAAAUGCACUCUUAAGCUAAAUCAUUGUAAUUUUCAAAAGAAAACAAAAUAUGAAAAGAAAAUGCCUCAUGAAUCUAUAAGAAAAUUUAGUGAGAAUUAAUUAUUUCCCAUUUGUAGUGGAAAAAUAAAAGAAAACUUUGUUUUAUAUUCUUCAAGCACAAAGUACUAUUUCUGGCAAUCAAUUUGCUUAUAUCUAUAAACAAACAAAAAAACCAAACACUUUAGAACUUGACGAACAAAAAAUUAGUUGAAAGGAAGAAUAAUGAGUUUCUUACAUACAUACAUUUUCCUACUUCAUUCAAUCAAUCAUUUAAUCAUAUACAUACAUACCUACAUAAUAAAACCAAAAAUUCUAAUCAUUUAAA